AUUGGCUCGAAGUUAUGCUGGUCUUGAAAUCAGCCAAUCGGAGCGCAGAAGGUGGGUCUUGUUAGUUUGCAUCCCGGAAGAGAAUGAGAGAAGUGUGUCUUAAACCAGCGGAACUGUUUUUGUUUUGAGUAUUUUACUUUUCUGUUUUCGGGAUUGAGUGUAAAAGAAAGAACCGGAAAUGGAAAAUGUGGUGUUGUCCAGACUUCCUCCUGCUGAAAGCAAACUGCUGGGAGUUCAGUCCCAGCAUAGAGAAGCUGCUGAGAAGUUCACCAGGGCUUUCCUGAACAGCAGCGUUCCUCGCCUGAGAUGUAAGGAAGCAGAAGACAUGCUGAAGCAUAAAGCCGUGACGCUGCAGUUCGCUCGGGAGAGGAAGAGGAGAGGGACAAAGACGAAGGCUAAAGGACUGAACGCUAAAGAGAAGAGAGCACUGAGAGUGUUCCAGCUGAAACCCGAGCAUCAGAAGUAUGAUCUGUUCCUGCCGCUGCAUGAUCUGUGGAAGCAGUACAUCACUGACCUGUGUAACGGCCUCAGACCAGACAGUAACCCACAGGUGAUGCAGCAGAAACUCCUGAAGGCAGAUUUUCAUGGUGCUGUUUUAACAGUUGUUCGCUCUAAAUGCCCCUCGUACGUGGGCUCCACAGGGAUCCUGGUGCAGGAGCUGAAACAUGUAUUUAAGAUCAUCACGAAGGAGAACAGACUGAAGAUCAUUCCUAAGAGGAACAAUGUGUUCAGUGUGGAGGUGGGAGAUUUUGUCGCUCAUAUUUACGGCAGUAAGUUCGAGCUCCGCUCCAGUGAGAGAUCGGCCAAAAAAUUCAAGACCAAAGGCACCAUUGACCUGUGAAGAACCUCCUGAUGAUCACACUGUGGGUUCUACAGGGAGAACUCACCAGCAGAUUCUCUCAGAGGCCUUCAGAACAUGGAAGAAGUUUAUUUUUGGUGGGAGUGUGACAGAGAGAGAGAGAGACACACACACACACACACACACACACACACACACACACACACACACACACACACACGGUUUAGUUCUUUAUACUCCUGUGUUGUAAUUUAAGUUGUGAUUAGACAUGCAGGCUGUGUUCCAAUAACCUCCUCUUCCUCUCAUCACUCCCUCAGGAGUGUGUGAUUCAGCAGGAACGCUCUCUCUCUCUCACACACACACACACACACACACACUGUACAGAAGUGAAUCAGCUGUUCACACAUCACCUCGAUUGUUAACUAGAUUUAAUCCUUAUCUGAGAUUAGUGCAUGAGGGGGAGAGUUAAACUGAAUUGGAACACACCCACCAUACCUUCUAUUUGGUUGUAUACCACUUCAGAACACCAGGUGGCGUCAGUGUUGGUGUUUACCUCCUUCAUGUUCACUGUAGAUGCUGAAUAAAUCUGUGUGUGUUAUUUAA